GUCCCCAUUACGCAAGUGCGUCGGAACUCUUGACGUGGCUCACUUCUUGUCGCUGAUUUCCACGUCUCGAAACAUAGACAAAAGCGUAAAAAAAUACAACAAAACGGCACCUAAACACACAGAAAGCAAGUAAAUACCGUGGACUAGCAACAACCUUAAUAUUGGCUAUCUUUUAAACAUUCCUGGAGUGGUAUUGGUAGGAAAAUCUCACGCUAGAUAUUAACAAUGGGUCUUACUAUUUCAUCGCUAUUCACCCGGCUUUUCGGCAAAAAGCAAAUGAGGAUAUUGAUGGUCGGUUUGGAUGCUGCAGGGAAGACUACUAUAUUGUACAAACUAAAACUUGGAGAAAUUGUCACAACUAUUCCAACAAUUGGUUUUAAUGUAGAAAGCGUGGAAUAUAAGAACAUCUCUUUUACUGUAUGGGAUGUUGGCGGUCAAGACAAGAUCCGCCCACUCUGGAGACAUUAUUUCCAAAACACACAGGGUCUUAUCUAUGUUGUGGACAGUAAUGACAGGGAGAGAGUGAAUGAGUCAAAGGAAGAAUUAAACAAAAUGUUGCAGGAAGAUGAACUAAAGGAUGCAGUUGUUCUAGUAAUGGCCAACAAACAAGAUUUACCAAAUGCAUUGAGUGUCAGUGAAAUUACAGAGAAGCUUGGUCUUCAGAGCAUUAGAGAUCGCCAAUGGUAUAUCCAAGCGGCUUGUGCAACUCAAGGGACUGGUUUAUAUGAAGGUCUGGACUGGUUGUCGAAUGAGCUAUCCAAGUGAAAAGAGCAAUGCUGUACUGAAUGUUUUUACAUGCAGAUGUCAUUGGGUAACAUGGCGAACAGUCACUAAGAAACUAGCCUGAAAUCAACCUGUCACCAUCUUGUACAGUAGAGGUUUAUUUUGUAUUAUGUGAUCAUGUGAUAGAUAAAAAUCAUUAUUGCAUUUCUUCCAUUUUGUUAUAAAAUGUAAGCUAUACAAAGAGUACCUUAGCAGAAGUUUUGGGGGAAGAAGUGAAGUGGGAAAGAAUAAAUGAAACAGAACAUGUAAACUAUCUCAUUCAAUUAAUUUUAUAUUUCUUAUCUUGGAAAUGCUUUACUGUAGACUAUUUUUUUUGCCAAAUGUUUCUUGUCAAAUGCUGCAUACAAUUAGAAAGGUUGAAAGCUUACAUAGAUUCUGCUUUUUUAGCCAGUUUGUAAUCAUUUGAGGCAAGAAAGAAAGAAUUAAAAUCUGUAUACAACA